GGGCUCGCGCGUGCGCACCGGGAAUCCUGCCCUGGGUACCGCGCGCACGUCUGCACGAGGUGAGAACGAAAUGGAGGGCUCGGCUUCCUCCCCACCCUCCUCCUCAACCGCAGCCUCGGCCUCCGCCCCAGAGACCCCGGCCUCCCUGGAUCAGCUGGACGAAGGGCAGAUUAGAAAGGCAGUGGAGGCUCUGUUGGCACAUUCCAAGUCCAGGAAAAACGCGAAUGGAUUGCUCCUCAAUGAGAAUGAGAAUUUCUUUCUAAUGGUGGUGUUAUGGAAAAUCCCAAGUAAAGAACUGAGGGUCCGAUUGUCCUUGCCUCAUGGUAUUCGAUCAGAUUUAACAGAUAUUUGCUUACUUACCAAGGAUGAACCCAAUUUAACUCCUGAAAAGACAGAGCAGUUUUACAAGAAGCUUUUGAACAAACAUGGAAUUAAAACGAUUUCUCAGAUCAUCCCUCUCCGAACUUUAAAGACAGAAUACAAGGCCUAUGAAGCCAAGCUUCGCCUCUUGGGCAGCUUCGACUUCUUCCUCACCGACGCGCGGAUCCGGCGGCUCUUACCGUCCCACCUGGGGAGGCACUUCUACCACAGAAAGAAAGUUCCGGUACCGGUGAACCUUCUGGCCAAGAAUUUGUCCAGGGAGAUCAAUAACUGUAUAGGCGGAACUAUCUUGAACAUCUCGAAAAGCGGUUCUUGCAGCACGAUCCGCGUCGGUCACACUGGGAUGGAGGUUCAGCACAUCAUUGACAAUAUCAUCACCGUCACCAAGAGGCUUUCACAGAAGCUGCCAGAGAAGUGGGAGAGCGUGAAGCUCCUGUAUGUGAAGACCGAGCGCUCGGCUUCCCUUCCCAUCUUCUCCUCGUUCGUCAGCUGUCAGGGUGAGGCCAGAGGCGUCCGCACCCCCGGCCAGAAGAAGAAGGAAUUAAGGAAAAAACAAAAGCAGAAAGAGUAUCGUGAAAAACAGAAAGGGAAGAAAAGAAACAAAAGGCUUACGAAGCGGGCCAGGAAGGCUGCAUCGGCCCCGAAGGAGGAAGCGAGCCCCGGCACUAGUGCGCCCGCGAAGGACCCCGCGCCCCGGAGGGAGGAGACCCAAGCGUGUGGGAAGAAGGAGAGCAGACGAGCAAAGGCCCGGAGCAGAGUGCAGGACGAAUUGGAAGAGGAGAUCCCUGUGCUGGUGCCAAUAGAGGAGAGUCCAGCGAAAGAAAACGGAGAGGUGCAGAAACUCGCCACAGGAGAGAAGCCUCCGAAGAAGAGCCGCGGUCCUAGCGCGCCUCGCGGGAAGAAGAGAAAGGCCUCGCCCGGCUUGGAGACCCCACAGGCCGCAGGGCCCAAGGCCCCGGGAAAGAGCCCGGGCAAGAAGCCGAGACUCAGAGGAGAGGCGGGAAAGGAACGAAGCUCUUCGCUGGGGAAAAAAGACCCAAGACAGAUGACCAAAAAGCCAGGGGCCAAGGUCUUUGCUACUCCCAGUAAAUCCGCGAAGAAAGCCCCCCACACCCCCAAACAGUGUCCCAAAAAGCCCCGAGUGCCCCAGUCGACCUAAAAGAUCAGAGACUCUAGCAGAAGGAGUCAUCCAGACUCCUAAAACGUGGUCGGCUCCCGGCCCUACCCAGGACGGCCCCUCCGGAGCGAGGCCCAGGCUUCAACACCGGAUUAAUCCUCCAGUCCUCUGCAGGCAAUUCUGACGAGUGUCUGUGGGCGUCAGAACCAGUCGUUGUGAAGUAAAGCCGUUUUUUAAGUUGC